CGCGCAGAUGACUUGAGUCUCGCGUGCGCCAUUUUAGCGCGUCUCCAGUCAUCCGGCAAGAUGGCGCUCUCGCUUUGUCUGUCCUGAUCGGCAUAAAACACUACUUACUUGUACUACACACCUGAGAAUCCAGCGGAUCGAAUGAAAAAAAACCUUUCAUCGCACUGCCAAACCGGUGACGUGCCAGAGAACCGCGCGCGACACGAGCUCAGAGAUCUUAAGGUCUAGGAAGUUAAAUACAUUGGUGACUAAACUUCAUGAGUUCUUGGGUCAUUCUCCGGACGACGAAAGCAUUGAUUCUCAAGACAUCUCCAAUGGUAAAAUGGCUGCGAGUGACUCCAACAUCGCUGAAGAGAGAAUGAGUGAGCCUGGUUGCUCCUCAGAAAUGACCAAAGGCUCAUCUUCACGCUCAAAGAGAAAACCAUCAUUUGUGACCAAGCACACUGCUGUAGAUGAGUCUGAAUGUGUGAGUGAGAGCGCAGGAGAACCCGGCCCAGAUGACGUCAUGCAAGGCAGUCUGGAUAUCAGCACGCUGCCUCAAGGUACAGUGGUGGUCAAGCCAGAACCGGUCGCUGACGAAGCUAAAGAUGAGUUCCGCGGUCCAGAGUUUCGUAGCAGAGGAAGUAAAGUGAAAGAGGACGGUACUCGGAAACGUCCCGACGAGCAGCUCAAGGAGAUUUUUAAUUGCACAGCAUGUGGACAGCAAGUCAAUCACUUUCAGAGAGAUUCUGUCUUUCAACAUCCCGCACUACACGUCCUUAUCUGCAAGUCAUGUUUUAAAUAUUAUAUGAGCGACGAUAUCAGCAAGGAUGAAGAUGGAAUGGAUGAGCAAUGCAGGUGGUGCGCAGAGGGCGGUAAUCUGAUGUGCUGUGACUACUGUAGCAAUGCCUUCUGCAAAAAGUGCGUUUUGAGGAACCUUGGACGAAAAGAGCUGUCUGAGAUCAUGAAUGAAGAAAGCAAAUGGCACUGCUAUGUGUGCCGCCCAGAGCCGCUGCAGGAGUUUGUUAAAACCUGUGAGAAAGUCUUGCUCAAUCUGGAAUCGUCUUAUAGAAAGCCCAAGGGAGACGUUGACAAGACGAAGCGUGACGAUCGUAAACACAAGCACAGCAAACGAGAAAAAACUGCUGUGAAUGGACAGGAUUACGCCUCCGACGGAGCGGGACCGUUAUCCUUUUCCUGUAAGACCUUAACGGUCCCGAAAGAGCUUGUGAAGAAGACCAAAAAACUAAUCGAGACCACAAACGGUUUGAAUCGUACUUUUGUACAGUUUCUCCAGCACACUUCAAAAGGCAGUGAAGUUAGCGCUGUGAGUUAUAGACACUUAAAAGCCUUCAAAUCAGUUUUGGACGAUCUGAAAAAGGCCCACUCGGCUUUGGAGGAAUCACUCGAAGAAGAAUUUGAAUCGAAAGGCCUCAAGUUUCAAAACGGAGAGGAACAAAGACCAGCAGAAAAGGAUCAUACGGUUGUUAACUCGCACCACGCUGAUCCUGCUCCUGGCAGAGAAGAUGGAUUGGAUUGCACCACCAAGGACCAGAAUCCUGUGGUAGAAGAGGAUGAAAACCAGCAGGAGAGUAACUCAGCUGAUGUUGAAAUGAAGGAGAGCCUCCCACCCUCUCCAGAAGAACCUCAGGACCAGUCCGAAGAAAGUGAAGCUCAAGAGCAAGAAAUGCCAGAUAACCCUGACUUUGAGGAAAGCUCAGUGCCAGCAGGUGAAGCGUCUCUUGAUAAAGACAUCGUGUCUGUUCCAACGUCUGUCCCAGAGGAGCUCUUUGAGAUGGUCGAGAGUCUUGCAGUAAAGAAAGAAGACCGUGACGAUGGCAACUCGACCGCUUCCAGUAAUUGGAAAUCCACGUCCAAUGCUGAGGUUGUGGAAUCCAAUAACAGCCUUACAAAACUGGGAAGAAAACUCGUUGUCAAACUAACACCUGUUCCUCUUAAAAUCACCAUAAAACGAGAUAAGAGCAAAGAACAGUCACCUUCUGAAGACUUGCCAAAGGAGGCUCAAGAUAGCCGACGCUCCUCCAGGAUGAAGACCACACCACUGCGCAAGUCCCCAGAGGCGAAGAGCAAACGCAAACCGAGGUCGUCAACGGCUAAAGAGGAGCUCAGCGCCGCAGUGAAGGAGCCGUGUGAUUCAGACUCCGAUGAAGUCCCUGAGGUUCUGCAGACGGCGGCUUUGAAGGCCAGCUCAGAUGAGAGCCAACCCCAGGACGCUUCUGGAAAAGGAACCAAAAAGAAGAUAGCUUCCCGCUCUUCUGAGAGAGUGAAGCCAAAGCGUAAACUCGACAUGGUCUCCUCAGAUUCAGAACAGAGCGGCAAGUCAUCAACGGUGAACAAACGGAGGGCCAAAAAAAAGAAGGGCGGAGAAUCGGACUCCUCCAACCACAACUCUGAUCUUGAGAAACAGAUGAAAAACCUGUCCAAGAUCGGGACUGGGAAAAAAACAUCCAGAGGUGUCAAAAAGGAAGAGAGUGAGUCCAGUAAAGAGGGCAAGAAAGGCCCUAAAAGGUCAUUCGAGAGGAAACGGAGGUCACAGAGAGAAAAGGCUAAAACCAAGGAGGAGUUGUCCUCCAGUGAUGAAGAGCAGGAGGAAGAGGAGCAGGCCGCUAACUCGGACGAAGACAGCGAUCAGCAGAAGAUUAAACCAAUUCUUGAGUCCGUGAUGGCUAGUAUUGAUGGUUUCCAUCAGUCAUCAGAAAUAAGGUCAAAUACAGGUGAUGAAACUGAAUUGAAGGCUGAGUCCUCUCAGGUGGAUGAUGACGAUGAUCCAGAGAAUAGAAUUGCCAAGAGGAUGCUUCUGGCGCAGAUCAAAGCCAACUAUUCAUCUGGAGCUGACAGCUCAUCUGAUGAUGAAAACGCAGACAAAGAGGACGUCAAUUCACCAAAGAAAGGAAAAGAUGAUGCUAAGAAGCAAGACGAAAGUGAAAAUGAGGAAGAGGAUGAGACUUCUGACUCGGGCUCAGAUGUUGAGGUGAAGAAAGGUGGACGCAGACACCGUUUGUUGAGUAAGAAGUUGACUCUAAGCGAGGGAGACUCUGAUGACGAGACCACAGUCAAAAACAAGAAAGACACCAAAAAGAGAAGCAGGCAGAAAGUGGACAGUGAUGACUUUGGAGACUCGGACUUUGAGCAGUCGCGCUCGAGCUCCGGUGAUGCAUCAGCGCUCAGUGAGGAUGUGAGUGAAGACGCCGAUGAAGACAAGAGCAACAAACGCAAAACACGGUCGUCCAAUAAAGCUGCCAAGGACCGAGAGAGAAGUUACAAGAAAGAGAAGAAGAAGCGCCGUCGCAUUAAGGUUCAAGACUCCUCGUCCAGUGGCAAGGUACAGUACAGCACUGAUCUGUUUCAGCUCAGAGAAGACAUGAAGCAGCGAUGCCUCAUGAGAAGGGUUUAUUCUUCUGCUCCGCAGAGUGGAGGAGAAGAGGAUGGAGAAGAUGAAGGAGAUGAGAAAGGAACACCCAAAAAUCGCAAGAAGAUCCGCAAGAUCAUCAAAGAUGACAACCUGCGUACGGAGACCCGUGAUGCUCUGAAGGAGGAAGAGGAGAGGAGGAAGCGCAUCGCUGAGAGAGAGCGGCUGAGGGAGAAACUACGAGAGACUAUCGUUGUGGAGGAGUCAUCGCAGGUCACGUGUCCCAUCACCACGAAGCUGGUGCUGGAUGAGGACGAGGAGACCAAGGAACCGUUAGUGCAGGUUCACAGGAACCUGGUGACCAAACUCAAACCCCAUCAGGUGGAUGGAGUGCAGUUCAUGUGGGACUGCUGCUGUGAGUCCGUGAAGAAGGUGGAGAAGUCUUCUGGCUCCGGCUGUAUUCUGGCCCACUGCAUGGGGCUGGGAAAAACCCUCCAGGUGGUGACGUUUCUCCACACCUUGCUGCUGUGUGAGAAGCUGAACUUCAGCACCGCUCUGGUGGUGUGUCCUCUCAACACGGUGCUCAACUGGCUCAACGAGUUUGAGAAGUGGCAAGAAGGCCUGAAGGACGAGGAGAGUUUAGAGGUGCAGGAGCUGGCCACAGUGAAGAGGCCUCAGGAGAGAGCGUACGCUUUACAGCGCUGGCAGGAGGAUGGCGGCGUCAUGAUCAUAGGCUACGAGAUGUACCGCAACCUCACGCAAGGACGAAACAUCAAGAGCAAGAAGCUGAAGGAAAUCUUUCAGAAAACUCUAGUCGAUCCAGGUCCAGAUUUUGUCAUCUGUGACGAGGGUCACGUGCUGAAGAACGAAGCGUCUGCUGUCUCCAAAGCCAUGAACUCCAUCCAGACUCGUCGGAGAGUGGUGCUGACAGGAACGCCUCUGCAGAACAACCUGAUCGAGUAUCACUGUAUGGUGAACUUCAUCAAGGAGAACCUGCUGGGAUCAGUGAAGGAGUUCAGAAACCGCUUCAUCAACCCCAUCCAGAACGGCCAGUGCGCCGACUCCACGCUCACGGACGUCCGAGUCAUGAAGAAGCGCGCGCACAUCCUCUACGAGAUGCUGGCUGGAUGCGUCCAAAGAAGAGACUACACUGCCCUCACCAAAUUCCUGCCACCAAAACACGAGUAUGUGUUAGCGAUACGGUUAACACCGAUUCAGUGCAAGCUUUACCGCUACUACCUGGAUCACUUCACAGGUGUGGGAUCUGCCUUGGAGAGUGGACGAGGCCGCGCUGGGACCAAACUCUUCCAGGAUUUCCAGAUGCUCAGCAGAAUCUGGACCCAUCCGUGGUGCCUCCAGCUGGACUAUAUCAGUAAAGAAAACAAGGGAUACUUCGACGAGGACAGUAUGGAGGAGUUCAUAGCCUCAGAGACAGAGGAGUCCUCCAUGAGUUUGACCUCUGAAGAUGAGAAGCCCAAAAGAAAGAAGAAGCGAGGCAAAGGGAAAGAGCAGAGCUCAGACAAGUCCGACAGCGAUGACCUGGAAGUGAUUAAGGAGUGGAACACCAGUUCUCGUGGAGGAAACCCUGAGGGGCGCAACAGAGCAGAGCCUGUGGAGGAGGUUCGGGCAUCGAACUCAGGUCCUGGCAGCCCAUCACCUGACUGGUACAAAGAGUUUGUGGCCGAGGCAGAUUCUGAAAUACUGGAGCAUUCUGGGAAAAUGGUGCUUCUUUUUGAGAUCCUCCGCAUGGCUGAAGAAUUGGAAGAAAAAGUGUUGGUGUUCAGCCAGUCUCUCAUUUCUCUGGACCUCAUUGAAGAUUUCCUGGAGUUGGCAGGCAAAGCCAAAGAGGACGGGAAGCUUUCGCCGUACAAAGGUGAGGGCAAGUGGUUCAGAAACAUUGACUACUAUCGUCUAGAUGGUUCAACGAAUGCCAUGACCAGGAAGAAAUGGGCAGAGGACUUCAAUGACACCAGUAAUGUCCGGGGUCGAUUGUUCCUCAUCUCAACCAGAGCUGGUUCUCUUGGGAUCAACUUGGUAGCUGCAAACAGGGUCAUAAUUUUCGACGCCUCAUGGAACCCAUCCUACGACAUUCAGAGUAUUUUCAGAGUCUAUCGCUUUGGCCAAGUGAAGACUGUGUUUGUCUACAGGUUUUUGGCUCAGGGAACCAUGGAGGAGAAGAUCUAUGACCGGCAGGUCGCCAAACAGUCGCUGUCCUUCAGAGUUGUAGACCAGCAGCAGAUUGAACGUCACUUUACCAUGAACGAACUGACGGAGCUCUACGCGUUUGAGCCCGACCAGCUGGACGAUCCCUCUGAGAAGAAGAGCAAGCGGGCCACUCCCAUGCUGCCCAAGGAUCCUUUCCUGGCAGAACUCCUUCACAGUUACAAAGACCAUAUCGUCGGCUACCACGAGCACGACUCUUUGCUGGACCACAAGGAGGAAGAGGCACUGAGUGAGGAAGAUCGCAAGGCGGCCUGGGCCGAAUACGAGGCCGAAAAGAAGGGGCUGUCCAUGCGUUUCAACCAGCCGUCCUAUUCUCAGAUGGGCAUGGGAGCAGGACCAAACUCUUACUUCCCCUUCAACGUGGCUGCUUUGGCCUCCAUGAGCAACCAACAGUUGGAGGAUUUGAUUAACCAGGGCCGGCAGAAAGUGAUGGAAGCUGCUAACGCUCUGAAGUCAGUGCCCAGGGAACCCCUGGAGGAUAUCAUCGGGCAGGUGUGGAAGGAGAACCCGAGUUUACCCGAGGCUCAGGUUCACUCCAUGGCUCUUGGGAGGCAGGCCGGCUACGAGAUGGAAAUGAAACACAGGGAGGCUGUUUACCGUGAUGUCCUCGGCAAGCAACAAACUCUGAUGAUGUACGUGCAGAAGGUGAUCGCCAACCGUAAGGUGCAGGAGCAGCAGAUGGCCAUGGCGAGGCAGGGUAUGCUGCUCAACCAGCUGGCCAUGCAGAACGGUCUUACUGGUCCCAUAAAUCAGAUGGAUCUGCUGGGGUUGUACCAGCAGCUCGGGGCGCUCCAGGGCCUCCCCUCCUCACAGCUGGGCAAGAACCCGGGCCCUUCUAAGGGCCUGUAGAUGCCUCCGCCCCUCGGUGUACAGACAGCUGGACUGAUACAGCCAGACCACCUACUUGAGCUCAUCGGUAACGACAGGGCAUCCUGGGACUUUGUUAAAGGGGUUUUUGGCAGUGCAGUUUGUCAUUUUGUGUAUAUAGCCUUAAUGUUAUUCAAGUUCUUUUUGUUUAGUUUUUUUCUCUCUCACGUAUUUAAGAUUGAAGAAGAAAUGCUCCCCAAAUGCUUUUAGGCAUUGCAGGUAUCUUUCCCCUUGAAUAAGGGCUGUGCAUAUAUAAAUAAUUUUAUUGCAAGUAAAACAGCGUGAUUGUGGAGGGACCAUAGCGUUUCUGUUCUAGAGCCCCCAUAAAUAGUAUCUGCGCUAAUAGUGGAUUGUCAUUGGUACUGUGCUCCAGAGAGACUGCAGCGGACACCUUAAAUGUAACAAAAAAAGUCAAAUGGCCUUAUAUCAAGCAGCUAGAUCUCUUCUAAUGUUUUAAAACCCCUUUUUUCUAAUCUGCUUCUAGGUAUUUAAACUCGUUGUUGCUAAUCACGCUAUGGAAUGUCUGUGUUGUUUAAACUGCUUGCUGAAUUCCUCCAGACUUUUGUAACAUCAGAUUUCUCGUUGUAGUGUUGCCUAGCAUAUUGUUGUGAGAACUGUUCAUAAUUUCUUUUUCUGUUGUUUAUUUCUUUCUGUUUAUUUUCCCCACUUGCGUCGGGAUUCAGAAAUGUAGAGGAACUUUUUCCCCUCCUGAAAAGGUUCUAAUGUUAGCGUAUACACCAACAAUUCUGCCAUUAAUAUGAACUGCUACUUAGUAUUUAAUAUCACGUUUAAAUAAAGUGACCAAAAGGAUGAGUUACUUGCA